GUAUAUAAGGUUCCUACGUUUUGUUUGUGGUAUACAAUAUCACUCACUGUUAAUUUCAUAGAGGUAAAAGUACCUAAUAAAAUGAAGCAGAUUUUGGUCUUUUUGUUAAUUUUGGAUUUAAGUUUAUCUCAAAGAUGUCCAGGCUGUAAAGAUUACUACUGUUUAGAAGACAUUUGGAAAGAUUGUCCUCAAACACUGGUCAAUUCAAAUAUCACAAAUAUAAGCAAUGCAAGCAUUAAUUGUAUUACUGUGCAGUACAUAGAAGCUGAACAAGAUUAUCGCCAAUUGAAAGACUGUGUUAUUGGAAGGGAAGAAGAAAAUUGUGAAUUAUUUUACCAAAAGUAUGGAAUACAAAAUGUAAAUUGUACAGUCAUUCCACCAUUUUUUAAUAUUCAAUCUUCUCUAAAUCAAUCAGAAAAAAAUGACCUCACAAACAGCACUGCAAAUCCACUAUUACCUCAAGGUUUAAAUUUAAAUCUAAGUGGUAGUAGUCCAUAUUUGAAUUUAAAUUUAAGUUUAUUUCUAAAUAAUAACUCAAAUAAUAGUUUGGUUUUAGAUCCCAAUUCUAGCAUUAGUUCUAGUGAAAGUCUCAGUUAUAGUUACGAUGAAAUCCCUAAUCUUAGUUAUUUAAACCUUAGUUUUUCGUCAAGGUGGAAUAGUAAUUUAAGUUUUAAUUCAACAGAAGAUUUUAGUAACUCGAGUUCAGACUUAAAUUAUGGUUACUAUAGUUUAAGUUUUAAUUCAACAGAAGUUUCAAGUGACGCGAGUGAAGAUUCAAGUAACUUGAGUUUAGAUUUAAGUUACAGUUAUGAUUUAAUUCUAGAAUCAAACUCAAGUUUUUAUUUAAACGAAAGUGAUUUUUUGCUUUCUAAUUCUUAUCCUAUUAUUGCCGCUGCAAAUCCAGUUCCAAUUUACAAUUUUUCUUUAAAUCAAAAUCUAAAUUUUACUUCAACAGAAGAAGAUACCAGUUCUGAUUUAAGUUAUAGUUAUGACUUGAAUUCAAAUUCAAACUUUAAUUUAACUUUCAAUGAAAAUGAGUUUUUGCCUUUAAAUUCCGACCCUGUUAUCAUCAGUUCAAACCCAGUUUUAAGUGAUAGUGGAAACUUAACAUCGACAGAAGAUAAUUUAAGUUUUAAUUACGACUUUGAAUUGAAUUUAAAUUCAAGCUUAAAUUUAGUUUCGAAUGAAAAUUAUUCUUUGUCAUCUAAUUAUGAUCAAAUUGUCAUCAAUCCAAAUAUUACUUCAUACCAAAAUUCAAGUUUUGGUUCGACACAUUUAAAUCUAGAUCUAGAACUAAAUCCAAAUCUAGAUUUGGAUGUUAGUAAUAAUAUUCUAUAUCCAAAUCAAGCUGAUGUUAAAAAUGUCACUAACCAUAGUUCUAGCACAACAAAUUUUACUGAUCCUUCAUUUAGCUCAAGUUUAGAGUCAUUUUUAGACCCUAAUUUAAAUCAAUCAUUGACUCCUAAUUCAGAAAUAGAUGUAGAUUUAAACUCAGGUUUGCAAAAUUUGGAACAAGCAAAUAGUACAGAUAGUUUGAUUCAAACAACUAUUUCAAAUUUAAGUAUUAAUAACAGUUUAAGUUCAAACCUUGAAAUUUCUACAUUUUCCUCGAAUACUAACCCAACGAUUAUUAGUUUUUCGUCCAACACGAUCCCCAGCUCAGUUUCUGAUGCAACAUUUUUCUCAGAAAGUCCUGGUUCUGUUUCAAGCACAACUUCUAAUUUAACAGAUCUUGACACAGAUGGUAAUCUUACUUUGUCUUCAGACCCAAUUUUUAGUUUUAGUCCAUAUCAAGACUUACUUUUCAAUUUUAGUUUUCGUCCAACUUCUAGCGUUUUUACUUUUGACAGUAUUGAACCGGGUGUUACAUCACCCUCUAAUUCAAAUGAAAAUAAUAGUUUUGGGUUAAAUCCAAACUUUACGAUUUCUAGUUUUUCUUCCAAUACCGACCCGACAAUUAAUCUCCCAUUUUUCACUUCAACAACUGAUUACUCCGAAACAAGUUCUAGUUCUGUUUUAAGUUUUGAUUUUGAGUCAGAUAAUUUAAACUCUUCAAGUCCAACUUUGGCUUUGGAUCCAAAUAAUUACAGUUAUAAUUUUAAUCAGGAUUCUACAGUUAGUCCGAGUUUUACUUUUGAUAAAAAUUAUUCUUUAAAUUUCAAUUCAACUUCUAAUAUUUUAGGUAUAGCUGAUACUUCCAGUUCCAACAACUUUGAAUCAAGUACUACACCUUUAAAUUCUAAUAUUAAUUUUAACUUUAGUUCGAAUAACAAUUUAGAUUUAAUUUCUAGCUCUUCUAAUCUAACUGGAAGUUCCGAUAUUAAUUUUAGUAGAACAUCAAAUUUUGACAAUUUUACUCAAAGUUCAAAUCCAACAUCAGAUUCCAAUGUAAGCUUUGUUUCCAGCAUAUCUCCAACACAAACUAUUGAACCAGUUUUAAGACCUAGUUUUGGUACAAGACCAAGUUUCUUGAAUCAAAAUUCAGGUUUGACUUCAACUCCAACUACACGGUCUAAUUCAAGCUUUAGAAUUGACCCUAACAUCAAUUUUAACAUUCCUUCACGUUCUAAUUCAAGCAGAAGUAACUUUACUUCGAACACAACUCCAAGUCUUUAUUCUAUUUUGAGAAACAUUUUCAGUUUUAAUUUUAGUACGACCCCAAGCACAAACUUUAAUAAAAAAUUGAAUGAAACUUUUGGCCCUCGUCCUACGAGUCCUAGCUAUACAUCACGUGUUAAAACAGGUUUUACUUUUAACUGGAUUCCUGAUAGACACUUUAUUCCCACUCCAAGUAUUAACAACGCUUUAAAAACUACAUUUAAACCUAAAAAAUCAACUUCCCAUAUUAACCCAGAGCUGAAACCAAGUCCAGAUUCUGCAAGCGGUAACACUGUUAACUUAAUCAUAGAAAUUCUAAUUUUGUUCCUAUCUAUUUUUGAAUUGUAUUAAUUUAUUUAUAUGCCAUUAUACUAAUAAUAGAUUAUUAUUAAUAUAAAUAAAAUACUUUCUUUGUUUUAAAAUUUGUUACGAAAUAAGUAUUUUUUUUACUCUAUAUUUGUAAAUAUACUUUUGUAUCUGUACUCAUAUUGUAAUAAU